UGGACUGGUUCGCAGGGUUCCGGUUUCUGAACAUAAUUCACUUUCCGAAGUUCCACCGAAGACGGCGCUUCGAAGUGGCCGAUUUUUUCGUUAAAUAACUGUAUAAAUUGGCUCUUCUAAAGGUUUAUACUACUUUUAAAAUAACUCUUCGGUAAUCAUGGUUAAUACGAGUGUUCUUACGAACAGUGUUUCAGGUAGUGUGAAACAAUUUGGCCAAUUAUCCGCUCUCAAGUGUCCAUUCAUUUCCGGAUUAAGUCCUCUAUUUGUAAAAAAUUAUGGAGUGUCUCUGUUUAAAAUGUAUGGAGACCAAUGUCCGUUCAUGAGAUGUUUCACCUCAACAUUUAAACAUUCUGAAACCUCGGAGCUACUUUCUGUUAGGAAUUGCCCUGCGCUUGGACAUGUAAAGCCUGUUAUGAAACCGGCUAACACAAAACUGGAAGAUGAUGUUAUUGACUUGACAUCAACUGAAAAAGCUAAAGAAUUUCAAUAUGAAGACUUCUUUCGAGAGCAGAUAGCCAAGAAAAAACGAGAUCAUUCUUAUAGAGUAUUUAAGAAAGUAAAUCGGCUGGCUAAUAACUUUCCUUGUGCCAAAGAAUAUACUCAUGGCGAUAAAGACAUAAUCGUUUGGUGUAGUAACGAUUAUUUAGGAAUGAGCGGUCAUCCGUCUGUAAGGGAUGCAGUAAUUAAAGCUGUUUCAGAACAUGGUGCAGGAGCUGGAGGAACAAGAAAUAUUUCUGGCAAUAGUACCUAUCACGAAGAACUCGAACAGGAACUGGCUUCUCUGCAUCAAAAGGAGGCUGCUUUGUUGUUUACGUCAUGCUACGUUGCAAAUGAUUCUACGUUAUAUACAUUAGCAAGACAUUUACCAGGUUGCCAUAUAUUUUCUGAUGCCGGUAACCACGCUUCAAUGAUUCAAGGUAUACGAGACAGUGGCGUACCAAAGCAUAUUUUCAAGCAUAAUGAUCCUAAGGAUUUGGAGAAGAAAUUAAGUACAGUAGAUCUCAGUCUGCCGAAAAUCGUAGCUUUUGAAACUGUGCAUUCUAUGACAGGUGCUGUUUGCCCAUUAGAUGAAUUAUGUACUAUUGCUCAUAAAUAUGGUGCAAUUACAUUUGUUGAUGAAGUUCAUGCUGUCGGCCUGUAUGGGUACCAUGGGGCUGGGAUUGGAGAAAGAGAUGGUUUGUUACAUAAAAUGGAUAUCAUUUCAGGAACAUUAGGAAAAGCUUUUGGAAAUAUUGGUGGUUACAUCGCCAGUUCUGCAACCAUCAUUGAUACAGUCCGUAGUUAUGCUGCAGGAUUCAUAUUCACAACAUCUUUGCCAAUUACUGUCUUAAAAGGGGCUCUUGCAUCAGUUAAGGUUUUAAGAAGUGAAGAGGGAAGACUUCUAAGAGAACAGCAUCAACAGAAUGUCAGAUAUCUUCGUAAAGCCUUACAAGAAGCUGGAAUUCCAGUUGUCCAUUGCCCCAGUCACAUAAUUCCUGUGCACGUAGGUAAUCCGUGGUUUUCAACUAAAGUAAGCAACGAACUAAUAGAAAGAUAUGGACAUUAUCUGCAGGCAAUUAAUUAUCCGACAGUUCCUUUCGGGGAAGAAAAGCUGAGAAUAGCUCCAACACCUUUCCAUACAAAGGAGCUUAUGGAUGAGUUUGUGAAAUGCCUUGUUGAAGUUUGGCAAAGUGUAGGAUUGACAUUACAGCAUGAUUUCUGCAGCAAACAGGAGUGUGAAUUUUGCAAGAAACCUCUACACUUUGAAUAUCUGGAAUCAAGAGUCUUACCUCCUUGUGGAGGUAUGAACGGAUGUCCCCAGCGUUCUCAAGUUUCUGUUGCAUAAGGCAUUUGCCAAACAUUUGGUACUAAAUGCAUUUUAUGUUACUGAUAUUAAAUAAAAAUAAUUUACUUUUUAACAA